CCAACACCAACAACACUUACCAACCUCUCCCAUAAACCUCCCCAUCCCUACAAUUCAUCCCUCCAGUUCAUCCCUCCAAUUCAUCCCCAACCACAGCGAUAUCCAUAUCGCUCACCACAGAGCAUCAUCUAUCCCCCCAUCCUCACCAUGGGAACCUUCGUUUUCGAGUGGGAGCACCCGGCAUCCGAGGUCAUUGUCACAGGCACCUUCGACAACUGGGCCCAGACAGAGAAGCUACACAAGAAGGGCGACAUUUUCGAGAAGGAGGUUACGCUGCCCAGCGCGGCCGAGAAGAUAUACUACAAGUUCUUAGUCGACGGCAACUGGGUGAUCGACCACACAGCGCCGCAAGAGAAAGAUAGCCUGGGCAACCUCAACAACUACCUCACCACAGACCGCAUCAAGACACACACUCAUACUCCCGCCGCAACCGCAAUCAUGUCCGGCGUCGCUCCCAACUCCACCACCGCCGCCCUGGCAAAGGACGUGCCAAAAGAGAACGGCAGCUCCACCGCCCUCCCCGGCGCCUUCCCCGAAACCCCCGCCACGGAACCAGAGAGCUUCUCCGUGAACCCCAUCCCCGCCUCCGCCGGCAACGGCAACCCCAUCACACUCGCGCCCGGUGAGGCCGUCCCCCACCCAAGCACCAUCAACGCCAACACCAUCGCCUCCGGCGUGCACGAUGACGAGGAGCUCAAGGCAGCCGACUUGGCCAAGGAGCCAACUUACAGCGUGAACCCCAUCCCCGCCACUGCUGGCGGCGGUAACCCCAUCACCCUCGCCCCCGGCGAGCCCGUUCCCCACCCAAGCACGAUCACCGGGAACACCAUCGCCUCGACCAUCAGGACGGACAAGGAGUCCUACGAGAAGAGCGGUGGUCUCGGAACCGCGCCCUUCCAGCCUCCAGUCGUUACCCACGAGGCCGAGCGCGAUGCCAAGGGAACCGGUGUCCUAGACCUCCCGUCCACCUCUAAGGGUGGACUUAUCCCCGAAUCCAGCCUAGCAAUGGGCGAGGGCGGCGCAGGAAACUACGACGCCUGCCCAACCAUCCAAUCCGUCGGCCCCGGCGCCACCACUGCUGCCUUAGCCGGCGCCGUGCCCCUCGAGAAGAACAUCAAGGGCAAAGACACCGCGACCAUCCAAUCCGUCGGACCCUCCGCCACAACCGCUGCGCUCGCCGGCACCGUCCCCCUCGAGACGAAAGAAAGCAGCGUCCCUGACGUCGUCAAGGAGAGCCAGGAAGCUGCUAACUUCCCUCCCGAAGCGAGCGCCGUCCCAGAGGAGGUCGAGGAGAAGAAGGAGGUUGAGCGCGAACUCCUUUCCGGCGUCCCGCUCGCGCCUGUCACCUCGGAUGAUACCACCAAGGAGGCGCACGACGCCAAGUUCGGCGCUGCGGGCGCCGCGGCCGCUGUCGGUGCUGCUGUGGUAGCUGUUGGCGGCGCGGCAUUCGCGGUGGGGUCCGCGGCGAAGGAUAAGGUCAGCGAGGUUGUCGCGAAUGGGCCUAGCCCGAGCCAGGUCUCGAAAUCGACCCCGAUCGCUGACUCCAUCCGCGAGUCUAUCUCCAGCAUCAACGAGACCGCCAAGCGCCAGUCCGUAGCUGGUAUCCCAGCCGCCUCGGACGCCGUGCCAGCGCCAGUGCGCGAGUCGAUAAGCGCGGCGCAUGAGAGUCCCGAGGCUGCCGCGUACCAGGUUCCAGUGAAGGAGAAGAAGGAGGUUGAGGGCGAGCUGCUGAGGGAGGUGCCGACGGAUAUGUCGAAGGGGGAGUCUGCGCCGUCGUCGGCUGCUGGGGGGGCUGUCGCUACCGCGGCGCCGGCUAUCGCUGCACCCGCGGUUGUGGCGGCGGCGAGGGAGGAGGUGGUAGUCAGGGAGGCGUCGCUGCCGAAGGAGUCGGUGGUUAGUGAUUUGAGUGGUAUCUCGCCUGGGACGAUUCAGCCAGUUGAGAAGCAGACGAGCCCUGUAGUUACCACUGGUGUAGCAAGCGGUGUUGUCCCGGCGACGUCGAUCGGCGCGGCGCCAGCGACGCCGGCGAAGGAUUCUACGGCUGGGGUGGCGGCGACGAAGGCUGCUGCUGCUGCUUCGCCGAGGGAGUCGCCGAGUGGGAGCCCUAGUGCGGCGUUGGCGAAGGAGGCGCAGCAGAAGAAGAGGAGGAGCUUUUUUGGGAAGUUGAAGGAUAAGUUGAAGGAUUUGUAG